UCUCUUUAAGGCAGGGGCCAGUGAAGGGAUCUCGAGAAGAGAACUGCGGUUCCCAAGCCACAGCCAGGCAGAAAAGGAGGGGGUGGGGGAUUCUCGAGUAAAAACCCUGUUGGCGUGGUGGGAGAUGGCGGAGGUGAAGUUGGGGAAUUCAAGGUUCAAGCGGGUGUGUGUCUUCUGUGGGAGCAGCACAGGGAAGAGGAACUGUUACCAAGAUGCUGCCGUAGAGCUGGGAAAGGAGCUGGUGGCGAGGAAGGUCGAUCUGGUGUAUGGAGGCGGCAGCGUCGGGCUGAUGGGUCUGGUCUCCGAAGCUGUUCAUCAUGGUGGUGGCCACGUGAUCGGGAUCAUCCCAAGAACUCUGAUGGCCAAAGAGAUUACGGGGGAGACGCUUGGGGAGGUGAAGCCGGUGGCCAGCAUGCACCAGCGCAAGGCCGAGAUGGCCCGCCACUCUGACGCCUUCAUCGCGCUGCCGGGUCCGACCCCCCUCCUCCAUAAAACUACUCCUCUUUUCGUUACCCACCACCUCUCGAUCUUAUCUCCUGCUCUGAGUUCUCUUCAGGUGGGUACGGAACCCUGGAGGAGCUUCUGGAGGUCAUCACCUGGGCGCAGCUCGGCAUCCACAACAAGCCUGUGGGCUUGCUCAACGUGGACGGCUACUACAACUCCCUGCUGGCCUUCAUCGACAAGGCCGUGGAGGACGGCUUCAUCCAGCCAUAUCAGCGCCACAUCUUCGUCUCCGCCCCCACCGCCAAUGACCUCGUCCAAAAGCUCGAGGAAUACGUGCCUGUGGAGGAUGCUGUAGUCGCCAAACUGAGCUGGGAAAUGGAGCAGGUCGGCCUAAAGUCCACCCUCCAAGCUGAGAUCACUCGGUAGUAAGAAGCCAUGCUGAUCCCUGCUGUGGUUUGGUCCUUAGCUAUUUUGUCCCCCCGACGGGGAUGAGGAGAGCAUGGGAAUUGCAUGUACUUAUCCGCUGUAUUCCCCGCCAUGGGUCGAUCCUUUUUUGUUUCUGCCUCCUCUUACAACUAUAAUCGUACGUACUGCUAGCCUACUGCUGCAAAACUCA